UCAUCUGAUCACUCGCCUUUACAUUACUGUCUGCAUCACAAAACCAAACCACACUGACGAUGAAGACCGCUGUACUCGUCUACAGCGGUUAAACUUUCUAUUUCUGUGUGUCAGAGAGUUCGAAUUACCAGAUGAACCUUGUCCAGUGAUGGAGGAACAGCUGAAUUAUGCUGAAGUGACUUUCAGCUCUAAAAAUGGCGUUUCUGCAUUUGAGAAACCAGACGAGAUGGAAAUAAUAUAUGAUGAAGUGAAAACUGAGGAGCAGACAGGUCCUACCACACCACCUACCAUACCAGUGGAAACUGAACAGAAAGCUCGGCUGUGUACUCCUGUUCAUGUUGUGGCUGCAGGUUUGGGGAUUAUCUGCGUCAUACUGGCAUUAUUUAUCAUCAUCCUUAAAAUCCAACUCAACACAGCCAUGUCAGAGCAUCUCAGAGAUAAAAACAACUUAACGGCUCAGAAUCAGCAGUUAUGGUCCGAGAAGGCCGACUUACAGAGGAAAACACAAGAGCUGACCAGAGAAAAAGAAGGACUCAGCUGGACCCUCGGAGUCAUCUUGGAGCACAACAACUUCCCAGUAGAUCAACACUGCCCGCAGAAAGAGUGUAAACCUUGUCUGGACAACUGGGUACAGUUUCAGUCAAACUGUUAUCUUUUUAUGAAUGGGCCAUAUUCCCAAUGGAGGUAUUGGAAGGACAGUCGGGGAGAAUGUGGGAAAUUUAAUGCAGAGCUGGUGGUGAUUGACAGUCAAGAGGAACAGGAAUUCAUCAACUACCACACAGAGAUAUAUGAUGAUGAAAAGCAUGGCUACUGGAUUGGCUUGAGCAAAGAGUCUUGGACAGAGACAUGGAUGUGGGUCGAUGGAAGCAACUUCACUGUGGCGUACUGGAGGGAUCAACCUGCCAGCUCCCGGCUGAAUUGUGCUUUAAUCUCGCCACAUGGAGAGCCUCUGGCCAACUGGCAGAAAACAAGCUGUACCAUGUAUAACCGCUACAUCUGUGAAAGCAGAGCCUUGAUCAAACCAGAAUCAGCAGCAUAGUCAGAGUCAUUUUAACACAAAGGCAAUCUGAUCUUCUCUACAUUAGAGCAUUCUCUUUGUCAGUCAUGACGUGAAACAUGCUCUAAAAUGAGCAAGUUUUUUUCUUCUUGUCGUUGUUUUAGUUCUUAUGUGUUCUCAAAUUUUAAAGUGUAGGCUACACAAAUGUUUUAUUUUGUAUUGUACAAUAUCAUGCUUACAGUUUUUUAAUAAUCCACUGCAAUCAUAUAUGUUAAGAGAAAUGGCUACCAAUUACAAACACUUGGAAAAUAUGUGGUUAAAAAACAUAAAUUCAUAAAUAGACCAUAAAUAUUCAGAUGGACUCCUUCUGAUGCCAGUGCUCUUUCAACAGGACAAUAUUGUAAGUUUGUUUGGAUCUAUUUUCUGCUGUGGAUGAACACAGAUUUUAUAGUAGGGUGAAUUUCCUUAAAAUUACAGCUCCCAUGUGACUGGAACAAAAUAACAAGUCUGAGUGAUUUAGAUGGAAGAAAAACUCAAAUAUUUGUUGGGCUUGUUCUUUAAAUACAUUGUUACUGAUAUGAAUUCAGUGUAGGAAUAAUGAAAUUAUAAUAAAAUAAUAAAAUUAUUCAGCAUUGCCAAACCUUCACCAGAUACUCUAAUCAGGGCCAAGCCAAACUGGGGGAUCUAUGACAGUUAGGAAAAUCAUGGUCCAUUUCAGAGUGAAUCUAUGAUAACCAUAUUUUAUUUUUAACCUGAAUAAUCACCACUCUUAAUAAAGACACAAAAAAUGUUUCAUUUCAGCUUUAUUACAGUAUGGCCUUUUUAAAAAAUGUAAGUCUUUUUCUUGAAACAGAUUUUCCAGAUGCCAGACUUAAUAGAUUAGCCAUAAUGUGGAGAAAUGUUAGGAUGCCAGAGAAUAAAGUAGAAGGAACCUAAAGAACUUUAAGGGGGAAAUAAGUAACUACUUAAAGUGUCAAAAAAGUGGCAAUUUGCAAAAAAAAAAAUGGCUAAAAGUGGCAAAAAUUGGCAGAAAAAUGAAAAAAAAAGUGGUUACAGAGUGGCAAAAUGGAUUGAGAAAGGCAUAAAUGGUCAAAGUGUUGAUGUGCUUUGACUUCUAAUGUCUUGGCGACUUGGUUUACAGCAUGUCUCAGUAGGUGGAGUCUGUCCACUCUCAACAGGAAGGUCAGGGGUUCGAUCCCCAGCUCCUGCAGUAACAUGUUGAUUUCUCCUUAAGUAGGACACUUAACCCCAAAAUUGCUCCCACUGUUGCAUUGGUCUGUGGAUUUAUGUGAAUAUACAGUGCUUAACAAAUUUAUUAGACCACCACCCAAAGUAAGGUUUAUGCCACAGCUGCCCUAAAUUAACAGCAUUGGUAAAAUUACCAAAAUCAUUUUUUAUGUUUCUGCAAUGUCAA